AUGAGUCAAAAUAAACGCAUAGUUAAUAAUGCAAUCGCAACCACCAAAAGUGAUAAUAAAAUCAAAGAUGUUGAAAUACCGGAGAGAAUGGAUUGUAAUCAUUAUUCGUUGAGGGCAGAAUUAGGUAAAAAUUUUGGUGCACCCGUCGAGAAUUUAUUGAAAUCUGGUGGUGCCAAAGUUCUAAACGCUCGUUGCGGUACUGGUAUUUGGACUUUAGAAAUGGCUACAGAUUUUAUGAAAUCGAAAUUUUAUGGAAUCGACACAACUAAUUAUUUUCCAACUCAAGUUCUACCAUAUAAUGUUAAACUUGAACAAAUUAAAGAUUUGAGUGAUAAACUGCCUUACAAAGAUGAAAAAUUUGAUUAUAUAUAUUUAAGAGAGACAAUAAGGUAUAUUGAAAAUGAAGAUUGGAGUGGAAAUAUACUAAGUGAAGCUAUACGUGUGUUGAAAAAUGGUGGUUGGAUUGAGAUUUGUGAACCUGAGAUGGAAGUUUCUGAUUUUGGUCCAAACAUGAAAAAAUAUUUUGACGAAAUUAUAUCGCUUAUGAAAUCUAGAAAUAUUGAAAUUAAUAUUUCCCAAAGGCUUGUUGAAAUCUUAAAAUCCACAAAGUCAUUUGAUCUUAUGGAAGUAAGUUGUGUCGAAUUGAAAUAUGGUAAGUGGGGUGGUAUAACUGGCGAGUAUAUGGCCGAAAGUUUCCUUGAUCACAUGCUAGAGAAAAAAGAAUGCCUGAAAAAUACUAUGGGAAUGUCAGAAAGUGAAUCUGUGAAAUUCAUUGAUGAUUGUCGUGACGAAUUAAGAUCUGGAGAGAUCAGAGGGAAAUCUAAAUGUAUUAUAAUUCAUGCUAGAAAACAGAAAUAA